AUGUCAGAAGACAAGCAAAAACCUUUUGUUUUCAAUAAACACAGUGACACACCCGACACAAAGCCUCAUCAACAUCGUUGUAAUGGACACCUCGAAGAUGCUUUAGAAGGGCUGUUAGCUUUUGAUAUCAUUAAACCUUUUGGUGUCUUUUUUGAAUGUCAAGAACCUCCUCGAUAUAAACCCAAUCAAAAAUAA